AUGGUGUCUAAGCUACAUCUCAACAGUUUGUCUCAGGCUCGGGCAGACACAGAUGCUUCUUCAAGCGCUCCCUGUCGGAGCUCCGUCAAACAUCGCUGCCGGCACACGGUGGCAGCAGCCGCCCGCGGUCUCGCCGAGCCCCAGCCCAGCAGCACGGCCGGCGGGGCACUAGGUCACCACGCAGAGGAACUAGUUCCUGUGGAGAGAGGAUGGCCUCCUGCAGGGAUUUCUGAAACGUUAUGCAGCCGGGAGUUAGUGCGAGCUGAGGUGUGGAAGAUUGAAACUAGAAAUAGGUUGAAAGAUAUGUUUGGCCACCUGUCUGUAAUUGGAGCUCUGAGCUGGAAUCAUUACAUUCUUGGUUCAUGACUAGUUUCUAUUCAUCACCAUGAUGUUCUGGUUGCUCAGCACCAUGGUGGGACUUUUUUCCAAAACAAAAAAGGCAUUUGCAGCCUGAAAUGGUUACUAACCAACCAAUUGCUGGCAGAUGAGUCUAGUGGUGGUAUAUUGAAUAUCUGGCCUAGUGACCCUAGUAAAUUGCAGUCACAGCCACUGAGAACCAUACCUCAGCAGUUAAGGUAUAUGAAGAAGGAAUGUCUGUUCUUCUUUAUUAGUUCUCAUGAAAGCACACUGUUGAUGUGGACAGAUGUAAACUGGUGUCCUUGGCAGACCAAAGUCCCUGCUACAGGAGGUGGAAUGAAAGAUGGGAUUUUCAGUGUCUGGGAAAUAAAUUGUGAGAAAAUCAUCCAAAGUGCAGCUACAGAUUCUCAGAAUUUUAAAUUACAAUGGAUUUGUUCUUUGCUCUGGUUACCCAAAACCAGCGAACUGAUGACAGGACAAGGCCUUCUUGGAAAUCAGAUGAAAAUAUGGAAGUAUCCCGUGCUUUUCAAUUCAUCAGAACUCUAUGGUCACAAAAGGAGAGUCUUGCAUAUAGCCCUUAGCCCAGAUCAGAGCAAACUCCCUUCUGCUGCAACAGGUGGAAUGGUUUGUCUGUUGAAAUGCCAUGAAUCUGUGGAGAGCAAACACAGCAGCAAGGCUUUUUAA